CUGCCUUAAGUCUCAAGUGGAGUGUGUGGUCUAAUGAUUAUCUGGUGUUUCUGCAGGAAAAGCAAAUCCUCAGUUUGCGAAAAUGUUCGGCACAUCUCAGUCUUCCAGAGCCCAGUUCCUGGACAAAGCCCGUCAGGCGAGGGAGGAGAGACGGGGGCAGAAGGAGAAGGAGCGAGCUGCUAUACAGAUACAGGCCCUUGUCCGGAGCUUUCUCUGUAGAUGUCGCUUACAGAAUGACAUUAGGAAAGAGAUUGAUGAUUUUUUUGAUGAAACAGAUCCUGGACCCAGUAAAAGAAGUGCACUUUGUCUUUUUAAGAUUGGCCGGAAGCUGUUGUUCAUAUUCCAGGCUAGCGAGGAUGAAUUGAGGUUUGGAAUGCUGUGUCGCUGCAUCUUAGACAGCAUGAAUGAGAAUGACCCUAAGCUCUGGUACGUGUCCCUGGCACUUAAUAAAGAGCUUACUGUCCUCUGGAUCAAGCAGAUUAAAGACAUCCUGUGGAUUUGCUGCAAGUUUCUGAAGUACCUCAAGCCUGACAUCUUACAAGACGCUAAACUGAUCUCACUCUACCUCACCUUCCUUGUUAACUUCACAGACACAUCAACAUGGAAAAUCGUCAAAGGAAAAGGGGAGUCCCUUCGGCCUACCAUGAACCAUCUCUGUGCAAAUAUAAUGGGUCACCUCAAUGAGAAUGGAUUGUAUUCUGUUCUACAGAUCCUGUUAAGAAAUGGCCUGGCAAGGUCUAGACCAUCCCUGACAAAAGGCAUGUUAGCUGCAAGCAUUAUUCUGGCUUUGCGCCCUGUGAUUGCUGCUCAUUAUUCGGACAAUCUCUUACGACCACUCCUCAUCCAUAUUAUGUCAGUGCCUGCCCUGGUGACACAUCUCAGCGUGCUCGCCCCCAAGCGCCUCCUCAUGCUAGAACAUCAUGACUUUCUUCGUAAGUUCAUUCUGUUUCUGAGCCGCAGGGAUCGAUGUUUCGACGUCUGUGCAUGCCUAGAAGGGAGUCACACUCUCUGUUUACUAGGCAACAUCAUACACUUGGGUUACCUGUCAUCCAGAGUGUUGGAGGAGGAGACGAGGCAUUUUGUGAAAGUGCUCAUUCAGACCCUGUCCUACUGCCAGCAGUACGUGGCCCUGAAGAGGUCUAACCUGACACACUGGCACCCUGUCCUCGGGUGGUUCUCCCAACCAGUGGACUAUGGGCUGAACGAAUCCAUGCCUUUGCUCACCAAACAGCUGCAGUACCUGUGGGGGGUGAAGAUCAUCCGGAUCCUCUUCAGGGACAUCCUGAGCAAGAAGCUGCUGGAGAACCCUGAGCCCAGUCAGGCUGCAGCCAUGACAUCAACCACCCCCCCAAACAGCCUUCCCGUGAAGAGUCUCUUCAAGCGGGCUUUCCAGAAGUCCUCAUCGGUUCGCAACAUCCUCAAGCCCAUUGGUGGGAAGCGUGUGGAUUCGCCAGAAGUACAGAAAGUCUGCAGUGUCUGUGUGCUGUACCAGACUGCUCUGACCACCCUCACCCAGAUCCGACUGCAGAUCCUCACAGGCCUAACUUCCCUAGAUGACCUUCUGCCCAAACUAUGGGCAUUCAUCUGUGAGCUGGGACCUCAAGGGGGAUUAAAGCUCUUUGUGGAAUGUCUCAACAGCGACAACGAAGACUCCAAGCGACUGCUGGCCAUGCUAACAUUAUUCUGUGACUGUUGCCGCCACCUCAUCACAAUUCUCGAUGACAUUGAAGUAUAUGAAGAACAAAUCUCCUUCAAGUUAGAGGAGCUGGUCACGAUCUCAUCUUUCCUGAAUACCUUCAUCUUCAAAAUGAUCUGGGAUGGACUUCUGGACAAUGCCAAGCCAGAGACCCUGGAGUUGUUCUUUUCGGUACACGGAUGGCUGAUGGUGUUGUAUGAAAGAGACUGCCGUCGGCGCUUUGCCCCCGAGGAUCACUGGCUGCGGAAGGAUCUCAAACUCAGUGUGCUUUUCCAGGAGCUGGAGAAAGACAGGAAGCGUGCCCAUCUGCUCCUGCAGUUCAUCCCUCACGUCAUUCCCCACAAAAACAGAGUGCUUCUCUUCCGGAACAUGGUGAUGAAGGAGAAGGAGAAACUCGGGCUCGUGGAGACCAGUUCUGCCUCCCCUCACGUGACGCACAUUACCAUCCGCAGGUCCCGCAUGCUGGAGGAUGGCUACGAACAGCUCCGGCAGCUCUCCCAGAACGCCAUGAAGGGUGUGAUCCGAGUGAAGUUUGUCAACGACCUGGGCGUGGAUGAGGCUGGCAUCGACCAGGACGGCGUGUUCAAGGAGUUCUUGGAAGAGAUCAUCAAAAGGGUGUUUGACCCGGCCCUGAAUCUCUUCAAGACAACCAGUGGGGAUGAGAGACUCUACCCAUCGCCCACAUCCUACAUCCAUGAGAACUACCUACAGCUCUUUGAGUUUGUGGGGAAAAUGCUGGGCAAGGCCGUGUACGAGGGGAUUGUAGUAGAUGUGCCUUUUGCUUCCUUCUUCCUAAGCCAGCUUCUUGGACACCAUCACAGCAUCUUCUACAGCUCAGUAGAUGAGCUGCCUUCCCUGGAUGCAGAGUUCUAUAAAAACCUCACUUCUAUUAAGCGCUACGAUGGAGACGUCAGUGACCUGGGCUUGACGCUGUCAUACGAUGAAGACGUGAUGGGCCAGCUUGUUUGCCAUGAACUGGUUCCUGGAGGGAAGACAAUUCCGGUUACAAAUGAAAAUAAAAUUAGCUACAUCCAUCUGAUGGCCCACUUCCGGAUGCACACGCAGAUCAAAAGCCAGACGGCCUCUCUCAUCAGUGGAUUCCGCUCGAUCAUCAAAUGGGAAUGGAUUCGGAUGUUCUCCACCCCUGAGCUGCAGCGCCUGAUCUCCGGUGACAACGCGGAGAUCGACCUGGAGGACUUAAAGAAACACACAGUAUACUAUGGUGGUUUUCACGGGAGUCAUCGAGUCAUCAUUUGGCUCUGGGACAUUCUGGCCAAUGACUUUACCCCGGAGGAGCGAGCUAUGUUUCUAAAGUUUGUGACCAGCUGUUCGCGGCCCCCACUCUUAGGGUUUGCCUACCUCAAGCCUCCUUUCUCCAUCCGCUGCGUCGAGGUGUCUGAUGACCAGGACACAGGAGACACGCUGGGCAGUGUGCUCAGGGGCUUCUUCACCAUCCGCAAGAAGGAGCCGGGGGGCCGCCUGCCCACCUCCUCCACGUGCUUCAACCUGCUCAAGCUGCCCAACUACAGCAAGAAGAGCAUCCUCCGGGAGAAGCUGCGCUACGCCAUCAGCAUGAACACCGGCUUUGAGCUCUCCUAACCCUGCCCCGUCCUCCCCCCUCCCCCCAGUGUGGCUAGGCAGGUGGCUGGUGUUUGCCCUUCCUCCUCCUCUGAACAUUUGUGCUCAGCCUGGUGUAGGCAGGAACCUCGGGAGGGCGUGGGGGGGCCCCAGACAUUCUCGCAGGAAAUUCCGAGGGGGCUGGGCUGGGGAGGCGCUUCUUAUCACCGGGAGCGUCCACGCCGGGGCCGCAGAAAAUUGCCGGAGAUCACUUAAAGCUAGAUACCACCCGAGGGCCUCGCCUAGGAGAGGCCAGGAUUCACCCCGGCCGUGCUCAAAGCCUGAGGCAGACUCAGAUGGGCCCGUUGGGUCCUGCUCUCCCCCGACCUGAGGCUCGAGCCUUGCGUCUGGACGUGCUUCGUUCUCUCUUCUUCUAUUUUGUCUUUUUUUUGUUGUUUGGGAACUCUUCUGAGCAGAGUGGCGCAGGGCCGGCCUCGAAGGCCAGGAGGAGGCCAGCCCUUGGAGCCCCCCACAUUAGAGAUCCUGCCCUAAAGUUUCUUCAGAGCCUUCCCUUAGGUCAGGCCUUGUGGCUGGGCAGUCCUAGGCCAUCACACAUCAAGCAGACUCCACCUCCCCAGGCAGAGACAGCCAUUUGUGGGCAGCUGUUUGUUCUGCCAGUACCGGGGCAGAUUGCUGGUGGGGGCGGAGGAGAAAAAGGAAAGGGCUUCUCUCGGGCAGCCCUGGAAGCACCAGCCGGACAGCGAAAGACCUCGAGGUUGCUGCCUCCUGGGAGUCGAGUGAACUGUGGACGAGCCCUGCCUGAUGUGAUCAGAAAAGUCCUGGAGCCUCCGCUCUUGGCACUACUCAGAUCUGGCCCCAAAGGCUGUCCUCUUGCAUCUGGGAAGCCCUGAGCCCUGGGUGAGAUCCAGGCCUGAGGGAUAGCUCUGAAAGUCCCUCUCCCACCUAUUAAAAGAAAGUACUCGAGCCUGAUGCUUUUUUACAGAAUUGGUACCAGAACUUAAGAUUCUACACCAGGGUGGACACCCCGAGAGCUUUUUUACUAGGUUGUUUGUAUCGCGCGCUGAACCUUGGCAACCCCUUAGUGGAUGGCGCUGCCAGUCCCGAGUGUGAGGGAGCACUUGUCCUUCGGGACCAAAGUGGGGCCCAGCCGCUCACCGAGCAGUCACAGCCCGCCCCACUUGCUCCAUCUCCAGGCCACAAACUUCGUGUUGCCAGAUGAGGCUUAGUCAUCCCACACGCCCCACCUUACCGCCAGAAAUUCUGCUGUCCCUUCAUGGGCGAACCGUCCAGGACCCUCCAUCUCUGGGGGCUCCACACUGAGCUCCUUCUCUUUCUGCCACCAUCAUGAGAAAGUGGGAUCUGUGCCCUGCUCCGGCCACAGCCCCCAGAAUUGCCCUCCCCGCCCGCCACGUGCGCGGUCUGGCGGGGAAGGCGAUGGUGGGCCAGCCGGUAAGGCAGCAGGGCCUCCUGAAAUGGAAGGCCGUCCAGGAGUGGGUGUUGGAGACAGCCUUGGCCAAGCUUUGUCUGCCGGACAGGUUUGGGCCUGUGAAGGGAGAGCUUUGUUUUAGGAACAGUGUUGUGAGCAUCCACGUCUGAAGGCCGCAGAAUUUUUGCCCCCCACAUUCCCUAACAUGUUAACUUUGUGGUCCUACCAACUGAAAAGAUCUUAUUUCCACCUCUACCAUUGCCUUUUGAUUCCUUGCAUGCGUGGGCGCAGCGGCCGAGAGUUUAAAAAAGCAGCAUCGUGGCUGGAGGGCUAGAACACAGAACCUGUCCGCCAUCUUGAUUUUUCAUUUCCAGGGAAUGAGGAUGUGGGGUGGGGGUGCCAGGCAGCUCGGGGGAGGCUUCCGAGUCCCUGCAGACAACUGCACCUUUUAAAUCUUGCCCUCUCGGAAACACUGAAUCUGUCCUUUUUGUAGCUGAUGUGCAACCCGUGAUUCUUGUGUAUUGGACCUUCACCGAUGGCUAGAAAUAACUAGUGUGUUAAGACGUGACCAAAGGCUUUCAUUUAAUCUUUGCCUCAUUGGGUGAUCGCUUUGUGCCCUCUUUGCCCCGUGGCUCUGUUUCCGGGUUAUGAACAGGAGCCAAGAGGGGAAGAUUGAACCAGUUGAGAUGGAUUUUUUUCCCCUAUAGAAAGUCCCAGGCCUCAACCUGACCUUGACCUUAGAGCCAGUGGAGGUCCAUGAUGAGCCUGUAUAGUCUGUGACACACUACCAAAGGGGGUUGGCCUAAGAGGAGAAUUAUAAUGGGGAAAAGUGUGCGAAGUGAUGGAUAGGCAGCCUAGGAUUGCCAUUAGUUUCUGAAGUAGAAGAAAUACAAAGCUAAAUUUUGAUAAAACCCGGCGCCAGUCCUCGUGGAGCAAAGACAGAAUCUAACACACAACUUUACCAUGAUAAGUGAAUUAGAAACACAGAGCAAAGUGCUAUCUGAAGCCCAAGGGGGAAAGGAUGAUCAUGGAGGGCUUCCUGGAGGUUGAGGAUCCACGGGGCAUCCCGGGCAUAGGGGACAAUUUUAGCAAAGGCAGUCUGUGUUGGUUGGCCCUCCCCAGUGACCAGCAAUCUUUUCAUUGUGAAAUAAAAAUUGCCUUUUCUCCAUCC